AUGAAAUUCGCUGUCUUAGAGUGUCUUAUCAUCGGGGCGGGGCUAGUGGCAUCAAGCCCGCUCCGAGUGAUAAUGGUCUCUUCAAGCUCAUCUGAAGUGACGGCCCAUCUUCGUUUUGGGUACCCCGUAGCCCACGCCCACGCUGGGAAUAACGUUGUUACCUUGUCCAACGGUGCUGCUGUGGCUGGCACUCAGCAGCAAUCUGGCGCCGGACGCCGACCUUCGUGCCGCUUCAGGCAGAAGGCUGUCGGGCUUUCCAAUUCAUUCAGGAAAGCCCUUGGAUUACCCCCUAUCGAAGGGCACCCCAAGCCAGAUUCUGAGAUCCACGGCGGUGUUAUUCGCAUCAUGCCAUUCAUCGGUACCCCGCCAAACUUCAUGGCCGCCCCCGGUUCUGGUGAAAUCCAUCCUCAUCACCGCCAUGGUCAUGGCCACCACCAUCAUCAGGUUGGACAGGACGCCACAUUCGUCACACGUCUUCAUUACUCCUUGACGGCUCUGAGUCCUUGGGAGGGACGUGUCAUGGCGUUUGUCCUUGGCUGUGGUAUCGGCGUUCUUUUGAGGAUGCUGUGGGUUCUGGCUGUCAUCUCAUACCGCUCCAUUCGCGGAUCUAAAGACGAAGAAGAGUAUGUCGUUGAGUACCUUGACGCCGAGGAGAUCUUCACAGCGCCGCCCGAUUACACUCUCGCCGAGGAGAAGGCCCCUCUCAUCACCAACGCGGACAACGACGUAAAGACCCCCGUCGCUUAA